CAAAAAAUUUCAUCCGAAUAAAAGGAGAGUCUGUGAUACAAGGUGGAGUGUGUUAGAAAAUAUACUGGAGGAUUCUUCUUAUGAUAACAAAAUUAACACAUGAAGCCUCUGGAACAUGUUGGAAACUCUUGCACCCUCUUUACGGUUCCCAAAUCAUAUUCCAAAUUAACGUAGAACUUUCUUCAUCUCUCUACACUGAAAACACAUUCAUUUCAUUCUGUAGCAUCCAUAUGGCAUGGAUUCUUCAAGAACCAGGCAAACUUUUGGCCACAUUUGUCUCUCAACAUGCUUUAUAUAUGACAGACUUGCAUUUAUGGCGUCAUCGCUUGCUUGAAGACACAAAAUUUCAGUACCAUAGUCCAACCAAGUCUAUUCUACUAUCCAUCAUUGUCUGCCACAUCUUCCCUUAGUACUAGAAAUGAGGCUACAACAACUCAACUUGUUCUUUCUGUUGCUUUGUGUUGCCAAAGCAAACGGGUCUCUGCUCCCAUUCAUGGAUCCUCCCAUCACUCUCUUGGCUGAUCUCUGGUCCGAUCGCUUCCCAGACCCGUUUCGCGUGCUGGAACAUAUUCCGUUUGGGGUUGACAAAGAUGAAGCAUCCAUGGCCAUGUCACCUGCUAGAGUGGACUGGAAGGAGACCCCAGAGGGGCAUGUUAUAAUGCUGGACGUGCCGGGGCUGAAGAGAGAAGAGAUAAAGGUAGAGGUGGAAGAGAAUAGGGUGCUGAGAGUGAGUGGUGAAAGGAAGAAGGAGGAGGAGAAGAAGGGGGAUCACUGGCACAGAGUGGAGAGAUCCUAUGGCAAGUUCUGGAGGCAGUUCAGGUUGCCACAAAAUGUAGACUUGGAUUCUGUCAAGGCCAAGCUGGAGAAUGGGGUGCUCACUUUGACACUUGACAAGUUGUCACCUGGUAAGAUCAAAGGUCCCAGGGUGGUCAGCAUUGCUGGGGAGGAUCACCAACAAGGUAAUCUCAACAAUGAUGGGGCCAAGCAGGAGCUUUGAAUUGCUGUUAAAAUGAUCAUGUUAUGUUAGUCCUUCUGAGUACUAUCACCAAAUGAUCUGUGAGUAUGUUUAAUUUGUGAAUAAAAGCGUUCCACCAAGACAUUUCUGGUGGAAGGGGUUACUUAUUGAUCUUUGCUGGUGAUGAGUGUGUGUGUGUCCAGUAAUGUACAGGCUUUCCUAUAUCCUAAUGAAUGAGGAGUUUUCUUGUUCUAUAUUC